AAUAUAAAAAGAGAAGAGACUGCGGCCGCCAUGUCUGAGAGAAUAACCACAGUGACCCCACAAAUUCUCGAACCCCUGGAGACCCCGAGAGAAAUCAUGACGGUUGCCAGAGAGCAGUUACUGGCGGCCUCCAUUGGAAACGUGGACUGGCUGCGGCUGUGUAUGAAGGCGGCGGACUCUCAGGUCAAGGCAGACAGAUACGGAUUUACUGCGUUACACAUGGCCGCCAUACACGGCCGCCUCCAGUGCCUAAAAUUGCUGCUGGAAGACUAUGGUAUGGAUGUCAAUGCGCCCAGUGCGUACGGAUGGAGGGCGCUGCACCUGGUGAUGAACCAGAAGAGCAGGCGGCGGGUAAUGCCAUGUCUGCGAUACCUGCUGCAGCGAGGAGCCCACGUCAACAUAAAGAGCCAGAACCUGACCACCCCCUUACACCGGGCCGCAAGCGAGGGUCUGGAAGAUUGCAUAGCCGUGCUGGUAAAGGCCGGAGCUGAUGUCCAUGCGAAGGACUUGGAUGGUAACCAACCCAUCGACCUGUGUCAUCUGUGGUGCCGCCGAUCUUCUGCCAGGUACCUCCGCAGUGCCACGUGGAAGAAAGACAAGGAGGACUAUGCACAGGAGCUGAAGAAGAUGGAGAAAGUCAUACAAGAUCUCGAAGAAACGGAGAUUCCACUUUAUGAUGACGAGGAAACCAAGAAUUUGACAGAAAAGUUGGACAUGGUCAGCUUGGAGAUAAACAUUCCGCCAAAAUCUAAACCAGGUUAUAAGAGUAUCCCCUCAGGUGAAGGUAGGAGAAUUCCAUCUGAGAAAGUGAAAAAAGGAACAACUGGAAUAAUACAAAGUAACAGAAAAUCACCCAAAGAAAGAGGUGAACAAAUGAGCGGCAGGAGUAUAGCAUCUUUCUGGAAUGCCAGUACCAACCCUCGUAGGCCUCAGACCUUAUACAUUGACCGGGUGCCGGCCCUCUGGCAGGGUUUAUACUCAGAAGAUGUCUCCAAGAAGGACCUUAGCGCCACAGUAUUACUCACUAAAGAUAAGCAGGGGCAACUGCAGAUCCAGACUCUACGAGGUCAAGUCUACUCUCCACCAGACCUGCCAUACGAAGUCAUCGAGAGGAGCCUAUUCCCUCGAAAAGGUCCUCAAGACCGGAUCAAGAAUCCCAAAGAUUUCAAGGCCGCUCACGUUUUUGAUGUGCCAAGAAAGCAACAACCCACCGGGUCACACAAGCCGGCUUCAGAGAUCUCUUUCCAUUUAAGACGGGACCUGGACUCCAAGUUCAGAAGUCGUGUAGAGAGGCAGGACCACUGAUGGCCGAAUUACAGUACCAGAGAUAAGUAAAGGAGACUAUAAAAACAACACCUUGUAUUACGUCUGUAUCGUAGAUGAGAAAGAACUCUCUAGACCAGUGGUCUCCAAACUGUGGACCUCCACGACACCUGCAACAUCUGAAGAUCCACAGUUUGGAGAUCACGGUGCUAGACGACUGUUCUGUAAUUCUAUUCUUUAGUUUAGUUUAGGGAAGAUCCACUACAGGGGAAGUAAUGCAAGAAAAAUGGAGGAAAGUCCCAUAGGCUCAGGAGUAAUUUUUACAGCUUAACCCCUUAAGGACCGGGGUUUUUUCCGUUUUUGCAUUUUCGUUUUUUGCUCCUUGCCUUUAAAAAAUCAUAACUCUUUCAAAUUUACACCUAAAAAUCCAUAUGAUGGCUUAUUUUUUGCGCCACCAAUUCUACU